AGCGUUAAUUUCAGUCCUCCACACUCAACGCCACCAAACGCUGCUGCCGCAACCUUGGACUCAUUCAGUCUAGAAUAGAGAAGCCUGCGCGUUGCGCCGCCACUUCAGGGAAAGCGUGGAAACGUUAUCCAUCGGGAUAUUGGGUUGAGUUCCAGAAUAGCUGUUAGCAGAUAGCAUGCUGCUAGCUCAACACACCAGAAAACUCCUUUCUGAUUAAGUUUCCCUCGUCAUGACUGAGUUAAGAUGCCGGAAAACAGAGACGUUAUUAGGUGAUAACGAAGAGACAGAGCAACAACUCGAGCCCCUGCUGCAAACUGAACAAGACAAUGAGCCCGUGGAGGCAGAAGAUGAGGUGAACGUGUCCAGUGGUGGAGCAGAUGACAGCUUGCAGCAGAAAGAAGAGGAGGAGGAAGCUAAAGGGGAUGCUGCUGAUGGAAAGGACGGACCAAACACAACCGGGGCAUCUGUCAGAGGAUCUACCUCGAGGUUUCUGCAGCGGCUGCUGAGGGUGUUGUUCGGUUGUCUAGCAGCUGUUGCCUGCGGAAUGCUUUAUGCUGUGUAUCUUUCUACAUAUCAUGACAGGAAGUUCUGGUUCUCAACUCGACAGGAGCUGGAACGUGAAAUCACCUUCCAAGAAGGGAGUGGGCUGUAUUAUUACUACUACAAGCACAUGUUGGCUGCACCGUCUUUUGGAAGAGGGUUUUAUGAGUUGAUGAUCGAUAACAAGACGGUCUCAGGUCAGACCAUCAAUGCAGUGGAGCGUCUGUUCUUGUAUCCAGAGCUCAUCACAAGCUUCCUAUACAGAGCCUCAGACAUCCAGGAUGUCGUGGAGCCGAUCUACUUCUAUAUUGGAACGGUCUUUGGUCUCCAGGCCGUUUACGUCACUGCGCUGUUUGUGUGUAGCUGGGUCAUGAGCGGCACCUGGGUCUCUGGCAUGUUGACUGUAGCGUGGUUUAUCAUCAACAGACCAGAUGCAACCAGAGUGGACCACACGAUUCCUCUGCGGGACAACUGGGCGCUGCCUUAUUUUUCAUGCCAAGUGGCAGCUCUGACUGGGUUCCUCAGUAACAACAUCAGCUCUGCCACUGAGAUGUUUUGCUAUCUUGCCAUGAGUGCCACCACCUUCACCUUCCUCCUAGUGUGGGAACACAGCCACUAUGUUCUUUUCAUCCAAGGCCUCUGUCUUUUCCUGCUGGACUCAUUUGACCUUGUACCGUCACGUAAGAUGGCUGACAUCCACAAAGUCUACCUCAGCUCCUUGUUCCUGGCCUACUUGUUCCAGUUUAAGAACCCGACGCUGCUCAGCUCACCGCUGCUCAGCCUCCAGAUUGGCUCAGUGCUCGCGAGGUAUUUCCAGCGAAAGAUGAAGAUGGGUCCCCUUGUGGCCCGGGUUAUGAAGCUCUUCCUACAUUUCCACCUGGUCUUUACCACUGGCAUCACUUUCACUUAUUUGGUCAAGAAACUUCUACCUGUAAGUGAAGGCGACUUCAUGUUAAAGUUUCUUGAAGUCAAAUUUGGACUUAACACAACUGUUGAUUUUGUCACCAACUUCCUCUUGUGCCAAGAGAGUUUCCAGACACCUGGGCAGGAUGUGUUCCUGCGACUGACGCAGGCCUCAGUUCUUCCUUUCUACUUCCUGGUGCUCACUAUCUGCCUGCUGUCCACCCUGCUGACCAUUUACAGAAGACUCAGUGGCCAACCAAUGAAAACUAAUCUCAAACUGGAAGAUGGACAAAUAGGAGAGCAGCCUGAAGUCGUCUAUCAUGUUUUUCACACCUUGCUCUUUGGAGGCCUGGCUCUGAUGUUUGACGGGCUGAAGUUUCUAUGGACGCCUUACGUAUGCAUGUUCACUGCCUUCGGUGUGUGUUCUCCAGAACUCUGGAUGACCGUGUUUAGGUGGUUCAGACUAAGGUCCAUCCACCCUGUGGUGCUGUCUUUGAUCCUGAGCACUGCAGUUCCUACCAUCAUUGGCUUCAGUUUAUGGAGAGAGUAUUCCCCUCGAGUCCUAGCAGAGCUGGCUGAUCUGCCGGAGUUGUACGACUCGGAUACGUUUGAGCUGGUCAGCUGGAUCAAGUCACAGGCUCCAAUGACAGCUGUGUUUGCAGGAAGUCCGCAGAUGCUGGGGACAGUGAAGUUAUGUUCAGGUGCAGCUGUUACCAGUUUACCACUGUACUCGGACAUCGACCUGCUGAGGAGGGCUGAAGAUAAUUAUCAGGUAUAUGCAAUGAGAUCUGCAGAAGACAUAUAUAAAAUUCUGACGGCUCAAAAGUCAAACUAUGUGAUCAUCGAGGAUUCGAUUUGCAAUGAGCUCAGUCUUAACAAGGGCUGUAGGAUCAAAGACCUGCUCGACAUAUCCAAUGGACAUGCUGUUUAUGACAAUGGGGAGAUUUACACCUUCUCCAAACAUGGGAGAUUCUGCCAUGAGAUAAAGAUGAACUACUCUCCCUACACAAAUUACUUCACUAGGGUUUUCUGGAACCGCUCGUACCACGUUUACAAAGUCAACUCUGUCAUCUCCUUUCAGUACUGACAGCGGUUUUGUUGCUGAGACUCCUGCUGAGCCUUCACUGAACUGGUCUCAGCUCUUGCAACAGAAAGUCUUCUUGCAGCCUGUAGAUCAAACACGUCCACUUUUUUCCGGCGUGUAUUGCGUAACUGCAACAGAGAAGCAAUGCAAUGGUUGAGGUAGAUGGGAUUUAACAUCAAUCUAAGUGGACUGCUGUACUGUGGUUUUCUAAGCCAUGGGUAGUUACUGUUUCUGCAAUGAAUUUAAUAAGGUGUAGGACUAAAAUGUGUUCACUUUGUGCAAAGUCAUGAGCAGCUGUGGUCCCUGAAAUAUUUGAACUGUCUUACCAUGUGAUCAUAACUUGUUAUUCUGAGAUACUUUCUGCUCACUGUUGCUUAGAAGAGUCACACACCUUCACUUUUGACAGACUUUACAACUUUGUAAUUCAUCUGGAACAGUAAACUUUUGUAUGCAAUGAUGCAGCAUUAUUUACGUAUGAGUGUAUUGAAAGCUCACAGAAACUGAUAGUCAUCUUUUUAGGUUUAUUGUUACAAAUUUACAAAAGUAAAAUGUGCAAAGAGUGAAGGAAGUGAAUCCUUUCUGCAUUUUUCCGCUUGUUGGAAUUCUCUGUUGUCUUAAAAUGACAAACCUUGCUUUAAAUGUUCCCUGCCUUUCUAACCUUUAGGAUCUCUGACUUACUGUUCCCAUGAAAGUAGCCCUGAUCAGACACAGACUUACCUACACCACUGUAUGUUAGCAUGAGCAGCAUUUAUUGUUGUUACAUGAGAGAAUCAUUUUUAAAUUGCUGACAUGAAAUCCUAAAUGACCUUAAAUUGUGGCCAGCAAUAAUUGUUACACAAUCAUUUACCUCUAUUUAUCUAAAGCUAUUGUAACCUAAUGGUUUAAUCUAAUAAGGCUUAUUAGUUACUGGGGAUCGCAGCUUUGUCUGCAUUGAUUCAUGCCGAUAACAUUCUCAUCCAGUGUUUGUUUAUUGGCUGUCGUCCUUAAAAUGUAGCUGCUUCUUACAGGGAGGAAUUCUUGGCCACUAAUGUUAUGAGCGAUAAGCACUUGGUACAACAGUAUUGUUCCUUCUGUCUUGUGGCAGCCAGUGAAUGUAUUGUAACAUACUUGUGAUAUGUGCUUCACACUUUAAGACACAGAAUCGUCAGAAUCACAGAGGUGCCUGGCUUGAUGGAAGGUUUCUCAUGUUCAAUCAUUGGUUGAACUACACCUGGAACAGAAUCACACUUCUCAAUAAAGCGAGUGGAGACGGCAAACAAACA